CAUCGUAUUCAUCGUGAUGUUGUCGGCGCUGGUGUGGUUAGCGUUUUUGGCGUUCCUGCCCGAGGUCGAAUCUCCACCACUGCACGCCCUCUGUGAUGCUGGAGAGUACUUUUAUGCUGGGAUUUGUUGUAAAUACUGUCCAGCAGGUACCCAUGUUGAAGAAAAUUGCUAUUUUCCACAUACCUUGGGGAUAUGUAAAUCCUGCACAGAUGGAGAAAACUACACUCAAUAUGACAAUGGUCUGGAUAAUUGCUUACCUUGUGAUCAAUGCAAAUCUGGUUACAAAAUGAUUUCACCCUGCACCAGGAAGAAGAACACUGAAUGUCAGUGCAAUGAUGGCUAUUUCUGUCCUCCAGGAUGUGAGGAAUGUGUGAAAUGCAAGACAUGGUGUCCUGUGGGACAGGUGAUUGUGCAAAGCUGCAGUGCCACCACGGAUAUGAAAUGUGGACUAUCAUAUACAGAAUCUUCAGCUUACUUAGUUCUAUUCGUUCUCAUCGUCCUUGUUGGUUUGAUUCUGCUGAUGCUGCCUUUGGGAUGGCUCGUAUGUAAACUGUGUAAAUCUCCCUCUGAAACCAAGAAAGAAAAAGAAGAAGUCAAAGUAUGUUUGAUAGCUGGUAACAAUGAAAACGUAAACUCUAAUGUUGAAGCCUCUACUGUUUCUCAAGACAAAUUGCCUGAAACUGCUGAGAGAAGCAAUUUGGGCUCAGGCAGUAGAGAAGACUCUUCCCUUCGAAAUAUGUCAUCCAUUUCACCAUCGCUAGAGGCUGCUAUUUCGAAUGAGCAGUCAAAUGUAAAAAGAAUUGAGGAAAGAUCUAACAAACCUACAGUGAGGAUUAAAAAUCCUUCUUCCAGAAAGCUGGAGGACACAUAUUUUCAAAUAAAGGACCAAGUGGGAUCAUCUUACUGGAAUCCACUUAUGAGGAAAUGUGGCUUAUUAGACAAUGACAUUGACAAAAUAAUCCUUGAUUAUUUUCAUCAGACUGAUGAACAGUAUUAUCAGAUGUUAAAAACUUUGCGGGACAGGGUUGGAGUUGAUGUUGCUUUAUAUAAAAUAAUUGCUGGCCUGGAGGAAAUGGACCUUAAAGGUAUUUAUGAAAAUCUAAUAAAUGAUUUAAAAAGCAAAGAUUUAGUAACAAUGGAGGCUGGAGACUAAUUUAGUUUUUGUUUGUUUAUUUUUGACUAUGCAAAAAUGGAGGAGUCUUGCUUUCAAACAUAAACGUAUUUUAGUGUAUGUUCCUUUGGCUGGGGAUGCGUAAACUGACAACCCAGUUGUUAAAAGAAGUAAGGAUCUCAUUUGGGAAAUGAAAUGCUGAAUAUCUGAGCAAGUAAAUUUUGCAGCAUACAAACCUGACAAUGGAUAAUGCAUGAACUAAAGAGAGCUUGGUCAGUGUUUGGAAAUCACAAUUCCUUGUGUGAUUCUUUAUAAAAAUGCUAUUGUGACCAAAGUUCAGUGUAAUACAAGUUAUUACAUAAAUUGCUAAAUGUUUGAAUGACAUGUAACAGGCUGAAACAGGACAUAAUAGUUUGCCGUGGAGUCAGAAUUGCAAACCUACCUUGCUGGGCAAGUAGAAUUUCAGUAGGUAAAACUUCCUCCCUGAAAUAUAGAAUCCAUUGAAGCGAGCAUGGAUCUGUGUUCGCGUUUGCUACUAUGGUAUGAAAUGACUGAUGAAUUGUGAUACCUCAUUUGUGGCAUUUCAUAACAAAAGACACUGAAUACGUGCAAUGUCAUGUUUAAAAAGAAUUGUGACUUUUUUUUAUCUUUUGUACAUAUUUUCUAAUAAAAUAAUGUCUACAAUGAAUAA